AAGGAACGGUUUACUUUUGAAAUAUAUAUAUAUAUACAACAUUUAUAUUUAGUACAUUAUAAAUUAGCAUACAUACACUGUAAAUAAAAUGAAAUAAAACCACAGCCACACCGGCCUUUUGUUUGCAGCUAAAUGAGCACCCAUAAUUGCUCUUUUAUGUUUGGCUCAAGACCUUAAAAGCAGCACUGGGCAACAAUAAAAUAAUAGAAGGAGCAUCGGCUAACACACACGUCGAAGUCUUUAAAGCUUUUGGAGCCAAAUUCCGUCCUGUCAAAGAGUGCUUUGAAAUUGACAUCUGCAUUCAUUUCUAUCAACUGUCAAACCAAUUUAGUGCAUACAAAUGUAUUUCCCACAGUCCGUGCAGAAACCAAGAUGUCCAUGAUUCCUUGUUUUACCUUGGGUUCAAUAGUGCGUUGCAAGACCUGUUUUAAUGAGAUCUUUUCGGGAGAGGUUCUGGCCUUCGAUUUGGGCGUCAAAAUGCUAAUGAUGCGCUGCCCGGCCAGCAAAGGCGGUGGCGAUGAGCAGACCAGGAGCAAGCUGAUCAUUGUGAAUCUCUCCAUGUGCAGAGACAUUGAGAUUGUAAAGGAGGUGCUGCUGCCCUUGAACGAUGUUCCCGCCACACCCGAACGGCUUGAUCUGCAGAUGCUCCAAGAGCGAUUGCGCCACGCGACCGAUCAGCGGUCUGCUUACUGCCGGAGUUACCACCUCAACGUCUCACCUUUUGGCCAAGCACUGUAUCGAAUGCUGGUUAAACAGUUUGGCAACAAUCUGGUAAUGUGGCAGGAGCAAGGCGACAAAGUGGCUAUAAGAGUGAUACAUGAUGUGAUCAUUAAACCACCUUACGCCGUGGAGGACGUCGAGGGGACGACGAAAAAGUCGCUGAUGUAUGUCCGUAGCGUUGUCGAGAGCUUCCAUAAUAAACAAGAAUAAAAACCCG